ACAUUAGCACCAUCUCAGACGAUUACGAGGCAACAUGGCUUCUCGUGCGAACUCUUGCAAGAGUGAAAUUGAAAGCAUGCAUUGCAUAAGUUCAGGCGACAUUGGUAUAUAUACAUAACAAUUCAUAGUAUGGCGAUCAUACCGUGAAAGCUGUCAUAGUUUCAAACUGUCACAUUCGAUCAGUGUAGUUUCACUGAAUGUGCUCACGAAGAAAACAAAUUGCAAGAGGUAAAUCUCAAGUCAAAUAAAGUCGAAUAAAGUGCUUUAAUCGCUUUUCACCAUGGAUCCAAUUGAUUUUGUUGUUGAAAAAAUCUUGAAAAAAAGAAUUAACGACCAAAAUGAGUCGGAAUUCUACAUCAAAUGGGAAGGCUAUGAUCGGCGCGAUAACACAUGGGAGCCGAAAGAAAAUCUUCUGGGUUGUCCUGAUGCUUUGGCCGAUUUCGAAAAGACGAGAAAAGGAAUCAUUUUGGGUGCCAAACGUGACAGAAUUGGAAACAUUUGGUUUUUGAUGAAAUUUGGUGAUGUUGCAAUUGCUGAAGAAUAUCCAGCGAAUGAAGCGAACAUGUUUUGGCCAGAUUCCGUAAUCAAAUUUUACGAAACUCGUUUGUUAUGGCAACAGUCACCGGACGGCUUUGACCAAGCAUCACUGACGGAAAACAUCGAAGGAACAGACGGCGAUCCACAGAACAUUCAAUAUGUGACGGACGUGAAUGGCGAACUAUUGAUGUGGGUACAAUGGCCAAAUGGAAACUGCAAAUGGGUGAAAGCUAAGGAGGCUUCUAAAGCUUGGCCACAACUUGUAAUUCGCUAUUACGAAGACCGUGUUUCAUUUGAUCGCAUUUAG